CUGUUGGAGUGUUGGGAGUUUGCGGCAGCACAUUGAUUUUUUUUUAAUCUGUCGGUGUUUGUUAGAAAAUAAAAACACACUGUGAUUGUCUCAAAAUUUACGGUAUUCUUUGCCGAAGUUAUAUAUCUUUUAAAAAUCGAUUGGAAUCAUAUAAUCCAACGGUUGAUUUUAAUUAAUAAAUUAUCCCAAUCUCAUAUCUAAAAAGAAAAGGGAUCAUUUUAAUGUUGCAAUUGCAUUUGUGUAUUUUAUAUAUAAAAAAAAAUAAUACAAUUGCGUGACGUCACAAUCACAAAGUCUGGCAUCGAUUUAUCUGUAAAAAUAAAAUAAAACCUAAUCUCUACCUCGCUGGCCUCUGCUGUCUUCUCAUCAUCAUCAUCAUCAACGUGAACAUACGUCGUCGUCGUAGUCUUUUUCGUCUACCUACCUACCGCUACCAUUUUGUCAUUCGUGUUUCCUUUUAUGGUGUAAAGGUACAUAUAAGAGACAUACAACGACCAACCAGUCAGUAACCUCAUUUAGAAUAUAAAAAGAAAUAAACGAAUGUUUUGACGAUUUGACUGGCAAUAAAAACAAAAAUAUUUAAAAAAUAAUCUCAAAUGUAAUAAAGGUGCAAUUUACAUUUCUUAGGUGUCAGAGUUUUUGCCUUCUUUUUAAAUUUUCGUUUUUUUAUUGAGUGAAACUUGCUGCAUGCUGCUCUUCAGUGAUAUACUCUUUUUCUUUGUCAAAUAAGUGUUCUUUGUCUAGCUGCAGAUUUUUAGCGUAGUAAAAGUGCAUACAAAUCCCCAAAACAAACUAAAAUUAUAAUUCAACAUGAAUCGGACGAAAAGAAAAGUUGUGAAACCCCCAAAUCCGGUGCUAAAGGCGAAUUUACUCUCGAAAUGGAGUUUUUGGUGGAUGAAAGACUUAUUUCGGCGAGGACUUCAAGGACCUCUUACCGACGAAGAAUUGUACGAGCAUAAAAAAGAUCUUGGCAGUGAACGUGUGACUGAGAUCUUUGGACGUCUUUGGGAAGAUGAAAAACUUAAGAAAAAACCAAGUAUUGUCAAGCUGAUAUUUCGUGUGUACGGAUCAAAAUUUGUACCUCUUGGUUUUUUCUACUCAGUACUGGAAUCUGCAACGAAAGCUCUACAACCAUUGUUUCUUGGAAACUUGGUAUCAUAUUUUGUUGCUGAACAAAAUACCUUAACCAAAGACGAUGCUUACAUGUACGCAUUGGGCAUUGUAAUAUGUUCCUUGUUGCCUAUUAUAACAUUCCAUCCAUUUAUAUUCUAUAUCUUCCAAGUGGGCACAAAAGUUCGUUUAGGUCUUUCGGGUCUGGUAUACCGAAAAUGCUUAAAAGUCAAUAAAAGUGCCUCAAAUGAUGGAUUACGUGGAAGAGCUAUUAAUAUUAUAUCAAAUGAUUUGGGACGUUUUGACGUCGCUCUGUGCUUCCUUCAUGAUUUGUGGAAAGGUCCACUCGAAUCACUGCUGAUUGGAUACCUAAUGUAUAGGGAAAUUGGCCUUUCAGCUGUGCUCGGUGUAUCUUUCAUGCUAAGCUUUAUUCCACUACAAGCCUGGGUUGCUAAAAAAGCAGCAUACUACAGACGUUUAACUGCUGAGCGAACAGACGUUAGAGUGAAACUUAUGAAUGAGAUUAUCCAAGGUGUUCAGGUGAUAAAAAUGUACGCAUGGGAAAAGUCAUUUGCUAAGGUUAUAGCUCAAGUUCGUCUAAAAGAGGUCAAUGCUAUUCGGGGAACUUCCUACAUCUAUGCAGCUUUGAGCUGUACAACAAUGAUCUCAAAGCUAUCGGUCUUUUUGAGUAUAGUGUCGUAUGUCUACAUGGGAGAUGCGAUAACAGCAAAGAGGGUAUUCACUGUAUCUUCAUACUUUAGCAUGCUUAACGAGUCUAUGGUGCAUUUUUGGCCUCUGGCUAUAACAUUCUGUGCUGAAGCUGUUGUAUCGGCGAAUCGUUGUAAAGAAUUCUUACUCGAAGCUGAAGAUCUAGAGAAACCAAAGAAAUCCAAAGAUGAAAUUCGACGGCCCACAAUCGUUAUAGACAAAACGAGUGAAAUUAAUGGAAACGCAAUCGUUCCUCCCUUGAGUCCAAUAGUUAUAAAUAGAAAAUUCAACCCUAAUGCUGAUAAGAAGUGUGUAGUUCUGAAGAAUGCUUAUGCGUCUUGGAACAAAAUGGACGAUAAUAAGAAUGCUGCCAUUGAGGACUUUAAUCUUGACAUUCAACGGAAUACAUUGGCAGCUGUUGUUGGACCUGUUGGAGCUGGAAAGUCUACACUCUUAAAUGUCCUGUUGGGAGAGGUGUCACUGAAUCAAGGCUCAGUGAGUGUAGAUGGAAAAAUCAGUUAUGCCUCUCAGGAGCCUUGGGUUUUCGAAGGAACUAUCCGGGAUAACAUCAUAUUCAUUGAAAAUUACAACGAAAGACGUUAUCACAAGGUUCUAAGGGUUUGUGCUUUAGAAAGAGAUCUGGAAAUUCUGCCCUAUGGAGAUCUGACCGUUGUCGGUGAACGAGGUGUGAGUUUGAGUGGGGGUCAAAGGGCUCGGGUUAAUCUUGCGAGAGCAAUUUAUCGGAAAGCCGAUAUAUACCUCUUGGAUGAUCCCCUAUCUGCUGUGGAUACCCAUGUGGGUAAACAUAUUUUCGAAAACUGCAUCAGAGAUUUCCUUGUGGGUAAAAUACGAAUUCUGGUGACGCAUCAAAUUCAAUACCUGUUCGAUGUUGAGAAACUGAUUUUAAUGGGUGCUGGUCGAAUUGUCGCCCAAGGAAGCUUUCAAGAGCUUCGGCAAUCGAAACAGUUUGAGUUCCUGUCGCAUAGUAAUCAUGAUGAAGGGGGAGACACAAUCAGCAUUCAUAGCAAGAUCUCGAAGAGUGAUAGUGAGAAAAGUCUUGAGCAUAUGCAUCAACAAAUGCCAACGGAGGACCUCGCUGAUGACAAUAAAGAGGUCCAAAUGGUGGGUUCCGUUAAGUUUGGUGUCUAUGCUUCAUACUUUAAGGCUUUGGAGAGUACGCUGGCUUUAUUUUUCAUACUUGGACUUUUUGUGUUGUCUCGAGUAAUGUUGACUGGUGUGGAUUACUUUAUCUCAAGAUGGGUUAUUUGGGAAGAAAAUGUGGCCUUAACACGUCAAGAUAUGAUUGCUCAUCUAAAUGAAACAACUUUAAGUCAAAAUAUGACUGCAAUUGAAGAGGAUUUAAUUAAAUCAACAAAUGAAGAAAGUCGUCGAACAAAUAUUGUGAUAUUUUAUUCAGUGUUGUUGGCAACAACAGUUUUAAUAUUUCUUGUUAGAACUUUUGGUUUCUUUAAAAUGUGCCUUAGAAUUUCUUUAAAAUUACACGAUCGAUUGUUUCGUGGUAUAACUCGAGCGAGUAUGUAUUUCUUUAAUAAGAAUUCAUCGGGAAGAAUAUUGAAUCGAUUUUCCAAGGAUAUACGAACAGUGGAUGGAGAUUUGCCUCAUACACUUAUUGACUGUUUAUAUUUCGCUACGGAUGUGUCCGGAGUUCUAAUCAUAGUGGCUAUAGCAAACUUCUGGCUACUGGUUCCUGCCUUUAUUGUUGUGUCUUUCUUAUAUCUAGUUCGUUAUCUCUACGUUAAUACCAGUCGAAGUGUUAAAAGAAUUGAAUCAAUUUCUCGAAGUCCUAUUUAUUCUCUCACAAAUCAAACAUUCCAAGGCCUAACCACCAUACGAGCAUUAGAAGCCCAAAAAGCCCUUGAAGAAGAAUUCCAUCAAUACCAAAACACAAACACUUCAUCUUGGUUCCUCUUCUUAGCUUGCACACGUGCUUUUGCUUUAUGGUCUGAUUUCAUCUGUUUUGUAUACAUAACAGCGGUGACUUAUAGUUUCCUAGUACUUGGUCAGAAUUUCGACAGUGGAGAUGUUGGUCUCGCUAUUAUGCAAUCUAUAAGUAUGGUUGGCAUGUGUCAGUGGGGAAUGCGUCAGACUGCCGAACUUGAAAAUCAAAUGACCAGUGUAGAGAGAAUACUUGAGUACACUGAAACUCCAUCCGAACCACCUUUGGAAACCCAAGAGAAAUUCAAACCACCAGUAGACUGGCCAAAUAAGGGAAAGAUUGAGUUUAAUGACUUUAAACUACGUUACUCUCCUGAAGAACCUGUUGUGUUGAAUGAUCUUAACUUUGUUAUUAAACCAAGAGAGAAAAUUGGGAUUGUGGGUAGAACUGGAGCUGGAAAGUCGUCCAUCAUUCAAUCGGUCUUCCGUUUGGCUUGCAAUGAAGGUGCAAUCGUGAUUGAUGGUAUUAAUAUUGAUACCGUAGGACUUCACGAUUUGCGAAGUAGAAUCUCCAUCAUUCCACAAGAUCCAGUUUUGUUCUCGGGAACACUUCGCUAUAAUUUAGAUCCAUUUGAAGCAAAGGGCGAUGCUGAGAUGUGGAAGGCAUUGGAAGACGUUGAGCUGCGCUCAUAUGUCUCGACACUGAUUGGAGGUCUAAAUUGUCGUUUGUACGAUGGUGGCUCAAAUUUCAGCAUGGGUCAGAGGCAACUGGUAUGUCUGGCCAGGGCAAUUCUCAGAAAUAAUAAAAUCCUUAUCCUGGAUGAGGCAACAGCUAAUGUGGAUCCUGAAACGGACAAACUUAUUCAAAGAACAAUUCGAACCAAGUUUGCAGACUGCACAGUUCUGACUAUUGCCCAUAGGCUGCACACAGUCAUGGAUAGUGAUCGUGUUAUCGUAAUGGAUGCUGGUCAAGUUGUUGAACUAAACCAUCCACAUGUUCUCCUUCAGAUGCCAGGAGGCUACUUACGACAAUUGGUCGAUCAGACGGGCUAUGCCACUGCCUCAACUCUUAAACAAACAGCUGAGAAGAACUAUAAAGAUAAAUACAGUAAAAACGAAGAGAGUUUACCCGAAUAACCUUAAAUCAAGCAUCAAAAAAACUGUGGUCAUUAAUUUCAGUUUAGUUUAGAUAAAUUUUUUGUUCUGUACUUAGCUAAUCAAUUGCUAGAGCAGUAUUAAUCUGUUAUAAUUU